CCAAAGGUCUCUGCAGACACAGUCUAAAAGACAAGACCUACAAGCAAACACACACUAUUUGUUAACCUCUUACCUGAACACAAUUCAGACCGAACAAGUUCAACUGCCACCAUGAAAUAUUUGGCUCUGGCUCUGCUGUUUGGUGCUCUGGCGUCGCUAUCCGAUGCUCAUUGUUACUUUAAGUUACUAAAACCAGGCUUGACCCAUUGUCAGGACGAGACGGAUGAAACCUGGCAUCCAAUGGGAUCUUCAUGGAGAAACAGUGCAUGUAUGGACUGUUCAUGCGAUUCGUGUUGCUCUGCGUAUUCAACCCCCAAGCAGUUUCCUCCAGACUGUGUGUCAGAGUUCAACUCUGAGACUUGUGCAUACAUAGUGCACAAGAAGAACAACCCGACUGAACUGUGUCCAAUUUAUGGCGCAGUAGGAAAGUGAUGCAGUGGUGUAAAAGUUUGAUGUAAUGUCUUAGGUGGAGGAGGGAGAGACUUGCAGAUAUAAUUCCAAUCUGGCUUCUCACCACAACCCACUGCCCGUUUUGUUGGUUGUAAAGACGAACAAUAAUAAAACUAAUAAAAACGGAUAAAAAAUAA